GAAAAAAAAAGUACAAGGGUCCCCAAGCUUAUAUAUCAAUCAAACCAAAUAACUUCUAACUAGACUGCACGAACUGCCAUUUUUCCACACCUAUUUUCAAGAUACUUCCAUUCCAGGCAUACAUUUCUCCCAACAACGUGAAUCGAAAAAUGGGGCGAAAUUCGUGCAAUGCAAAGCAGAAAAUGAGGAAAGGUUUGUGGUCACCCGAAGAAGAUGAAAAACUACACAAUCACAUUACAAAGUACGGUAUAGGUUGCUGGAGCUCUGUGCCUAAAUUAGCAGGUUUGCAAAGAUGCGGGAAGAGUUGCAGGUUGAGAUGGAUAAAUUACUUGAGGCCUGAUCUCAAGAGAGGAAUGUUUUCACAAGAUGAGGAGGAUUUGAUCAUUGCUUUACACCAGACUCUCGGCAACAGGUGGGCUCAAAUCGCGACACGACUGCCCGGAAGAACCGAUAACGAGAUCAAGAACUUGUGGAACUCGACGCUCAAGAAGAAACUAACAAAGCAAGGCAUUGAUCCAAACACUCACAAGCCGAUAAUAACUCAAUUAAUGCCUCAACUGAAAAGCGAAAAAAUUCGUCAAAUCGAUUCACAUUCACUAAUGAGAAAACAAGACUCUCUAUUGUUCUCGUCCGGUUUUCAACAAAAUGCAUAUGAACAGGAUUUCAGCUCAAUGCCUUCUGAUCAUAACCAGAAUUUCAGGUCAAUGCCGAAUUUUGACUGCCAAACCAUUGUCGAAGCUGCUGAUUAUUCAGACGGUUGUUCGAGAAUGAGUGCUUACAUGAUAAGUGAAGUUAAAGGAAGCUCAAGAAAUGGUUCGGAAGCAAAUAACCGGGCGAAUAACAACGACGAUGAUUUUGGAAAUGUGAGUACAUUUUCUUGGCAAGGUGAGGAUGAUAAGUUGGAAUCAGUUUUCCAGUUUCAGUAUGAUGAGGGAGAUUUUAGUAAUUUUCCAUUGGCAUCAUCAAUUUCUCAGGAAUUGGGUGGUGGUGAAAACAUGGAUGCCUUCAAGCAAAUAUAGAUACUGAUUAAAAAGCAUACACAGAUGUUGAUAUUAAUUAGGGGAAAGCUGUUUGUGGUGAGAAUAUUUUGUUCCUUCUUCAUUUUUCUUCUGAUUCAAUUAGUAGACAGAAAUUUUCUUGUGGGGAAAAAAAUUAUCUUGUUUGAACUUCCAAAUUAAUGGUUUGUGACUGUUGGGUUAAUGAAAAAGAUGCAUUUUGCUUUUUUGUGGUCCAAAUGUUUCUGUAAUAGGCCAACCUGCUUGGUAGUGCUUUUACC